AUGGUGCCAGGAUCCGACAUCAAGCCUUGGCUGCGCGAGGCGGCGACCAGCCGGGCCUUGAUCAACGCCACCGUCGUCGACGUUGUCAAUGGCACGACGGCUGCCGACUCGACCGUCCUCAUCUCAGACGGCCACAUCACAUCCGUCACAGCAUCGGCGGACGCCACGAUCCCCGAGGGCUACGCCGUCGUCGACUGCCGGAGCAAAUUCAUCUGCCCCGGCCUCUUUGACGCGCACGUCCACUUUUGCGCGGUGCCUGGCUUCGCCGACCUGUCCAAGGCCUUUGGCAAUCACCGCGACGUGUCGCUUCUGCGGCAACCGUACGUGGCGGCGCAGAUGCUGCACCGCGGCUUCACGAGCGUGCGCGACUGCGGUGGCGCACAGCUCGCCUUCAAAGAGGCCAUUGCCGAGGGCGUGUUCCCCGGACCGCGCGUGUUCAUGGCCGGGCACGCGCUCUCGCAGGCGGGCGGGCACGGCGACAUUCGCAGCCCGCACGACGACUCGCUCGAGUGCUGCGGCGGGCAUACCAACGGGCUGGGACGGCUGUGCAACGGCGUGCCCGAGUGCAUGACGGCGGUGCGCGAGGAGGUGCGGUCGGGGGCUGACUUUAUCAAGAUCAUGGGGUCCGGGGGCGUGUCGACGCCGACGGACGCGCUGGAGCACCUGCAGUUUACGCGGGACGAGAUCCAGGCCAUGGUGGAGUGCGCGGAGAAUGCGUGCACGUUUGUGACGGCGCACGCGUACACGACCAAGGCGAUCCGGCACUGCAUCGACAAUGGCGUCAAGGGCAUCGAGCAUGGCAACUUUGUAGACGAGCCGACGGCGGCGCUCAUGGCGGAGAGGGGCGUGUAUCUGACACCGACGCUCAUCACGUACAACCAGAUGGCGUCGGAGCGGUGGAGGGGCUACCUGCCGCCCGAGUCGCAGGUGAAGAACACGGAGGUGUUCGAUGCGGGCCUCAACGCGCUGCGGGUGGCCUCCGAGGCGGGCGUGAUCAUGUGCUACGGCUCGGACCUGCUGGGACCGCUGGGCGCGGCGCAGACGCACGAGUUUGCCCUGCGCGCGCAGGUGCUCUCGUCUGCCGAGGUGCUCCGGUGCGCGACGGUCAACCCGGCCCGGAUGAUGGGCUGGGGCGACAGGAUAGGCCAGAUCAAGGAGGGUUUCGUGGCGGACUUGCUGGUGUUGGACAAGAACCCGCUCGAGGACGUGACGAUACUGGACGACUCGGAGACGAACCUGCUGCUGGUCGUCAAGGAGGGCCGCGUGUACAAGAGCCGGUGGGCGCAGUGUGCGGAGGAUGCGGCGGUGCCUGUGCGGGUGCAGGUUGCGUGA